UGGGGUGAUGUGGCUAAAGAGUUUUACUGGAGGAGCCCGCACACGGGGCCCUUUCUGAAGUACAACUUCGAUGUGACGAAGGGGAAGAUCUUCGUCGAGUGGAUGAAAGGGGCGACCACCAACAUCUGCUACAACCUCCUGGACAGAAAUGUCAACGAGAAGAAACUUGGGGACAAAAUUGCUUUCUACUGGGAAGGGAAUGAACCUGGGGAUUCUGCAAAAAUCACGUACAGCGAGUUGUUGCACAAAGUCUGUCAGUUCGCCAAUGUCCUCCGCAGCCAAGGCGUGAAAAAAGGAGACCGAAUUUCCAUCUACAUGCCGAUGAUCCUGGAGCUGGUUGUAGCCAUGCUCGCCUGCGCCAGGAUUGGAGCUCUGCACUCCAUUGUGUUUGCAGGUUUCUCGGCAGACUCUCUCUGUGAGCGGAUUCUCAACUGUGGUUGUUCUCUCCUCAUCACGGCAGAUGCCUUUUAUCGAGGGGACAAGCUGAUCCACUUGAAGCAGAUUGCAGAUGAAGCCCUUCAGAAAUGUAAAGACAAGGGCUCCCCUUUGAAAAAGUGCAUCGUGGUGAAGCACCUGGGGAGGGAAGAGACAGUGGCGGAUGGGGCAUGCAGCAAGUCUCCCCCUCUCAAAAGGCUGUGCCAGGACGUACAGGAAAAAAAGACUGAGAGCUCACAGAGACUCCAUGCCAAGACCCCCUGGAACCCGGCCACAGACAUGUGGUGGCACGAGCUGAUAAGCGGUGCCAGCACGGAGUGCGAGCCCGAGUGGUGUGACUCGGAGGAUGAACUCUUCAUCCUCUACACAAGCGGCUCAACUGGGAAACCUAAGGGUGUGCUGCAUACGGUGGGUGGAUACAUGCUUUUUGCUGCCACCUCAUUUAAAUACGUGUUUGAUUACCAACCUGAGGAUGUCUACUGGUGCACAGCUGACAUUGGAUGGAUAACGGGCCAUUCCUACCUCACUUACGGACCCUUGGCAAACGGGGCAACUAGUGUGUUAUUUGAAGGUGUCCCCACCUACCCAGAUGUCGGGCGAAUGUGGAGCAUCAUUGACAAGUACAAGGUGACCAAGUUCUACACAGCACCCACAGCCAUCCGGCUGCUGAUGAAGCAUGGAGAGGAGCCCGUCAAAAAGUACAGCAGGAAGUCUCUGAAGGUGCUGGGGAGUGUCGGCGAGCCCAUCAACCCUGAAGCCUGGCUGUGGUACUACCGCGUGGUGGGAGAGGAGAGGUGUCCCAUUGUGGACACGUUCUGGCAGACAGAGACAGGUGGCCACAUGCUGACACCCCUCCCUGCCGCCACCCCCAUGAAGCCAGGCUCUGCCACGUUCCCCUUCUUCGGUGUGGUCCCUGCCAUCUUGAACGAAUCGGGAGAAGAGCUGGAAGGGGAAGCAGAAGGCUACCUGGUAUUUAAGCAGCCCUGGCCAGGAAUAAUGCGCACAGUGUAUGGAAACCACGAGCAAUUUGAAACCACGUACUUCAAGAAGUUCCCUGGGUACUAUGUGACAGGUGACGGUUGCAGGAGAGAUAAAGAUGGUUAUUACUGGAUCACAGGGCGAAUGGAUGACAUGUUGAAUGUUUCUGGCCACUUGCUGAGCACCGCAGAGGUGGAGUCAGCCUUGCUCCAGCAUGCUGCCAUCUCGGAGGCCGCGGUGGUCAGCCACCCACACCCCCUGAAAGGCGAGUGCCUCUACUGCUUCGUGACCCUGAGAGAUGGCCACGAGUUCACCAAGAACCUGACGGAUGAGCUGAAAAAACAAGUCAGACAGAAAAUCGGACCGAUAGCAACGCCUGAUUACAUCCAGUAUGCCCCUAGCCUGCCCAAAACCCGCUCAGGAAAGAUUACUAGACGGAUAUUAAGGAAGAUUGCCCAAAAUGACCAAGAUCUGGGUGACAUCUCCACCUUGGCAAACCCAGGCGUCAUAAAACAUCUUUUCAACAGCAGAUGUGACACUAAACAGUAGCAGCAUGAACUGUCCCUGCUGA